UCCUCGCCCACCUGGCAUUACUUACUCACUCGGACCACAUUGACGGCCGCCGUGAGGGGGCCCCCCGCAGAUAGCCUGAAGCGAACCGCAAGCUGUUUUGGUUUUUUUUCUCUUGAAGGACAUUCUGCCAGGAAGCUACAAUGCGCGAAUGCAUCUCUGUCCACGUAGGCCAGGCCGGUGUCCAGAUGGGGAACACCUGCUGGGAGCUCUACUGUCUGGAGCAUGGCAUCCAGCCGGACGGCCAGAUGCCCAGCCACAAGCCGAUAGGAGGCCACGACGACUCCUUCACCACCUUCUUCAGUGACACUGGGGCUGGGAAGUACGUUCCCAGAGCAAUCUUUGUUGACCUGGAGCCCACUGUGAUUGAUGAGGUGCGUACAGGAACGUACCGCCAGCUCUUUCACCCUGAGCAGCUGAUCUCAGGAAAGGAGGACGCAGCCAACAACUACGCUCGUGGACAUUACACCAUCGGCAAGGAGAUCAUUGAUUCUGUCCUGGACAGGAUCCGCAAACUGGCUGAUCAGUGCACCGGUCUCCAAGGCUUCCUGGUAUUCCACUCCUUUGGCGGAGGCACUGGUUCAGGUUUCACCUCCCUGCUGAUGGAGAGACUCUCUGUUGACUUUGGCAAAAAGUCAAAGCUUGAGUUUGCCAUCUACCCAGCCCCCCAAGUUUCCACUGCAGUUGUGGAGCCUUACAACUCCAUCCUGACCACCCACACCACCCUGGAGCACUCUGACUGUGCCUUCAUGGUGGACAACGAGGCCAUCUACGACAUCUGCCGCAGAAACCUCGAUAUAGAACGCCCGUCCUACACCAACCUCAACCGCCUCAUCAGCCAGAUUGUUUCUUCAAUCACAGCCUCACUUCGCUUUGAUGGAGCCCUCAAUGUUGACCUGACAGAGUUCCAGACCAACUUGGUGCCCUACCCUCGUAUCCACUUCCCUCUGGCCACUUACGCCCCGGUCAUCUCUGCUGAGAAAGCCUACCAUGAGCAGCUGUCAGUUGCCGAGAUCACCAACGCCUGCUUUGAGCCAGCCAAUCAGAUGGUGAAGUGUGAUCCUCGUCAUGGUAAAUACAUGGCCUGCUGUCUGCUGUACCGUGGUGACGUGGUGCCCAAAGAUGUCAAUGUGGCCAUCGCAGCCAUCAAGACCAAACGCAGCAUCCAGUUUGUGGACUGGUGCCCCACAGGCUUCAAGGUUGGCAUCAACUAUCAGCCUCCAACUGUGGUUCCUGGUGGAGACCUGGCCAAGGUGCAGAGGGCUGUGUGCAUGCUGAGCAACACCACAGCCAUCGCUGAGGCCUGGGCCCGUCUCGACCACAAGUUUGACCUCAUGUAUGCCAAGAGGGCCUUUGUCCACUGGUAUGUUGGGGAGGGCAUGGAAGAGGGAGAGUUCUCAGAGGCCAGAGAAGAUAUGGCUGCCCUGGAGAAGGAUUAUGAAGAGGUGGGGGUCGACUCAUUUGAGGAGGAUGAGGAAGGAGAGGAAUAUUAGACAGGCUUAGCUGUGUAUCAUUUUCAGGGACAAAAUUAAUCAGUUAUUUAUUGAAUAGAAAAAGUAGAACAUAUUUUGCAUGUUGAUUUCAAAUUCAGAAAUAUUUAUUUUAUUUACUUUUUUUUUUUUUUAAUUUAAACAGGUACCAUCAGCCUAAAGGUCUGAUGUUAUUUGUUUGAUGUGCCAUUUUUGACUGGUCUUGUGUCAAUAUCUACCUUUUUAUUAUUGUUUUAUCAAAAUGACAUUAUGCAAUAAUGGAAUUUUUAUGUUUGAAAUGUGUCGUCGCUGAAUAAAUCUUCCCUGCAAACA